AUGCAAGGUGCAACUUUGUCACCAUUGUUGUAUAACUUGUAUACAUCACAAAUACUGGAUUAUGUAAAUAUACCCCAGGUUAAAAUAUUGCAAUUUGCUGAUGACUUACUUUUGUAUAGUGAAAAUCAAAGUUUAAACAUAGCGGUUAAUAGCAUAAACACAGCAUUAAAUAAACUUCAGACUUAUUACAGAAUUUUUUUGAAAUUAGAAAUAAGUUCAGAGAAAAGCUCAGUUUUAGUAUUCAGUAAAGAUCCAUUUGCACACACUGUAAAUAUUUCCUAUAACAAUGAUAAAAUCCCUAUAGUUAAUCACCAUAAAUUUCUUGGUGUAGUAGUGGAUGACAAACUAAAAUUUGAUAAACACAUUCAGUACAUAUGCCAAAAUGCCAUGAAAAGCAUUAAUGUAAUGAGAAGUUUGGCAGGUACUUUUUGGGGCUCAGAUCCAAAAACUUUGAACAUGCUGUACAAAAGCAUAGUCAGAAGUCAUUUUGACUACAGUUCCUUGGCUUAUAUGAAUGUAAAUAGUACAUUACUAAGAAAACUGGAUGUAAUACAAAAUAUUGGACUGAGAGUAAUAAGUGGAGCUAUGCGCACCACUCCUAUAAACAGUAUGGAAGUAGAAAACUGUAUACCUCCACUGUGCUUGCGAUGCUUACAGUUGGCUGAGCGAUUUUGUUUGAAGGAGCUGGCAAAUGAGAACAGUGUUAUCCUUGAUAGAGUCUCUUAUCCUGUAGAAAUAACUCAGUCAAUUGAAGCAAGCAGCAUCUCAACAAAUACACUGAUUUCAGGCUUGUUACCUGAAAUUCCAACCAUAAUGUCAUAUAUUAAAAACUUGACAAAUAACAAUGAUUUACUGUACAAGUUAGAAAAGCAUGUAGAAUUUGUAUGGGUACCCUCCCACAGUGGUAUAACUGGCAAUGAGGUUGUGGACGAGGCAACUCGUCGGGACCAUGAUGACGAUUUAACAGACUCUUUCAAAGUGCCUUUCACAGACUAUUAUAUGCAGAUAAAGAUUCAUCUCAAGAGAAGAUGGAAAGAAUAUUGGAACUACAAUACAGAGAUAUUAAAUAAAGGACAAUGGUACUCAGAAAUACAGAGAGAUUUACCAAUGAUCCCAUGGUAUAACAGCUUCAAAUACAAUAAUAGGAAGUUCAUAACGUGCAUAAAUCGCUUACAUGUAGGACACUGCUGUGUUCCAGCACAUCUUAAGAGGAAGAAAAUCAUUCUUGAUGAUAAUUGUACAUAUUGUUCAAAGGAAAAUGCCGAUAUAAAGCAUGUCUUGUUUGAAUGCGAAAUGUUUAACAUCCAACGUUUAUUACUUGCAAGUGUCAUUAGUGAUGUCGCAGAAGAAAAUUCAUUAAGUGUUCCCCGCCGCCCUCGAGAUUUACUAUCUUAUCGUGCUUUUUUCUUACCUGUGUUUAAAUUUAUUUCAAACACAGUUGAACAAAUUUAA